AUGGCUACCAACGAAAAUGUUACUUUGGGUCCACAAGCCCAUGACGGUGCUGAAGUCUUCGGUGUUGCCCGUAUCUUCGCUUCCUUCAACGAUACUUUCGUCCACAUCACUGAUUUGUCCGGUAAGGAAACUAUUGCCCGUGUCACUGGUGGUAUGAAGGUCAAGGCUGAUCACGAUGAAUCUACUCCAUACGCCGCUAUGUUGGCUUCCCAAGAUGCCGCUCAAAAAUGUAAAGAAGUUGGUAUUACUGCUGUCCACAUCAAAUUGAGAGCUACUGGUGGUACCAAGACCAAGACCCCAGGUCCAGGUGGUCAAUCUGCUUUGAGAGCUUUGGCUAGAUCCGGUUUGAGAAUUGGUAGAAUUGAAGAUGUUACCCCAGUUCCAUCUGACUCCACCAGAAGAAAGGGUGGUCGUCGUGGUAGAAGAUUGUAA